UUGAUUCAUUCACACAGGUGGUACACUGCCUGGCCGCCAUAAAACAGCUGAGAUGAGGUGUUGGUUGAAGUCACAUCUUUGUCUUCGUCGUUGAGGUAAUCAUAUACUAAACUUGACAUGGGUUCCAAACUUGAGAAUGCAAUGGAAGGCCUCAUAACAGUGUUUCAUUCCUACUCUUCAAAAGAGGGGGACAAAUACAAGCUGAGCAAAGCAGAAUUGAAGAGUCUGUUGCAAGGAGAACUUGGUGACUUUCUGGCAGCCAGUAAGGACCCAUUGGUGGUGGAGAAAAUAAUGACGGACCUGGAUGAGAACCGUGAUGGUGAAGUUGACUUCCAAGAAUUUGUUCUCUUGGUUGCUGCGCUAACUGUGGCCUGUAAUGAAUUCUUUGUGGAGAGCAUGAAGGAGUGAGUGCUGAAAGCAGCUGUGAUGUGGCUUUUCUACCACUUAUUUCCCUUUUACUGAAUCAGAAGACCUGCAAAUCUCUAUACUAUUAAGUUAAGAUGUCACUUUCUCUGAUUUUGACAGUUUCAAAUAUUUAUGGGACACAUUUAAAUUCACAAAUGUAAUACAGCACCUAUAAUACCACUUCUAUACUUGCUGUCAUUUCAACAUGGCGUUACGCAUUCAGUUCUAGAUGACAUCCUGAUCAAAUCAAAGAUUUCACAGAAUGUAUCAUAGCAGUGUAUUAAUUUGAGCAAUAAUUCUACCUGGGUAUGCUAAAUGUUGGUAUUUUAUCUGUUGCUGCUGUGACCUCUUAGAAUCUGCCCAGCCACAAACUGCAAAUCUUGACCACAAUCCCAACACA